GACUUGUAUCAGGUUAAUUUGAUUCUUGAUAAUUUACCUGCUAUUCGGUUCACGCAGAAAGAGGGUUACUUCAUGAGAUGGACGGGGUUCCCUGUUGGUGUUAAGAUUGAUGAUGCAUAUUAUCUGUUUAACCACCUCAAGUUCAAUGUCCUUGUUCACAAGUAUGAGGAGACCAAUGUGGCUCGUGUAAUGGGGACUGGUGACGGUGCAGAAGUGAUCCCGGUUGGCAAGGAGGGAUCUUCUGAGAAUCCUGGAUACAUGGUUGUUGGGUUUGAGGUGAUUCCUUGCAGCAUUAUGCAUAAUGCUGAUUCUGUGAAAAACUUGAAGAUGUACAACAAGUAUCCCUCGUCUAUCCAAUGUGAUCCGGCCACUGUGGCAAUGCCUAUCAAAGAGGGUCAGCCUGUUGUUUUCACUUACGAGGUCACCUUUGAGGAGAGUGACAUCAAGUGGCCUUCUAGAUGGGACGCCUACUUAAAGAUGGAGGGUGCUAAAGUGCAUUGGUUCUCUAUCCUUAAUUCACUUAUGGUGAUCACUUUUCUUGCUGGUAUUGUUCUUGUGAUCUUCCUGAGGACUGUUAGGAGGGAUCUGACCCGUUAUGAGGAGCUUGAUAAGGAGGCACAAGCACAGAUGAAUGAAGAGUUAUCUGGUUGGAAGCUUGUAGUGGGAGAUGUUUUCCGUGCACCAUCGAAUCCUGCUCUGUUGUGUGUGAUGGUUGGGGAUGGAGUUCAGAUUCUUGGUAUGUCUGUUGUGACAAUAUUGUUUGCUGCACUUGGAUUCAUGUCACCAGCAUCCCGCGGAACGCUGAUCACAGGAAUGCUGUUUUUCUAUAUGAUACUUGGUAUUGCUGCUGGUUAUGUCUCAGUUCGGAUAUGGAGGACAAUUGGAUUCGGCGAUCAGAAGGGUUGGGUUUCAAUCGCAUGGAAGGCCGCAUGUUUCUUCCCAGGCAUUUCCUUUAUGAUUCUAACAACCUUGAACUUCCUAUUGUGGGGAAGCCAUAGCACUGGAGCCAUUCCAUUUUCACUCUUUGUAAUACUAAUCUUGCUUUGGUUCUGCAUAUCUGUACCCCUUACCCUUGUUGGUGGGUACUUUGGAGCCAAGGCACCUCACAUUGAGUAUCCAGUUCGAACCAACUAAUU